UGGUGCCUCUACAGAACUUGAAGCAAACUACGCUGGAGUUACUUCAGCAGAAAUUCCCUAAACUUCUAACCAAUACUGAACUGGAGGGUAACCUGCUCUACCAGGGAGCCUUCACCGUCUUCGUCCCAAUAGACAGCGCCUUUCAAAACCUCACCUAUGAUGAUAGACAGAGGCUCCACCCCUGGACGUAUCACGCACCGUCCCUCCUCCACUAUCACGUCGUCACUGGACGAUAUAACUACACGACCUUCAAGAAACAAGAGGAAGUACCAACAUUGUACUAUGGAGAGAAAAAACUUCGGAUAAAUAAAUAUCCUAGUGGGGUGGCUACGGUGAAUUGUGCUCGGAUCAUGGUACCGAACCAGAUGGCUAGUAAUGGAAUCGUCCAUAUCAUAGACAGG